AUGGGGACCUUGGGAGGUUGUUUUAGAAAUCAAAGCUUGGAUGUAAUCUCUCCUCCACAAGCUCAACUCAGAGUAAAAUCCCAGAGAAAAAGUACUUCCAGGUUGUACUGGGAACAUGUUCAUAACAGACAUGAAGCACCUACAAUACCUAUCUAUGAUGUCACCAAUAACGAUGAGGAGGAGGGCAUCUCUUUACCUAUAGACAUAUUUCGGAGGUUCUUCACUGACAAUGUCUUGGAUAUGAUUGUAGAACAGUCCAUUUAUGCAGUUCAGCAAAAUCCAAAUAAACCCUUAGAUAUGUGCAGAUCAGAACUUGAGCAAUGGUUGGGCUUAUGCUUGUAUAUGUCUAUCAGUAAAAUACCCAAUACAAGACUGCACUGGUCAAGUUUUUCUGUAGGAAAUGAAAAUGUGAGUUCAGUUAUGAGCAGGGACAGGUGGGAGGAGAUAAAGAUGAAGUUUCACUUAGUAGAUAAUUCUCAAUUGGACCCACAGGACAAGCUCUCGAAAGUGCGACCUCUACUUGAUCACCUGAGGGCAAAGUUCAAAGAAAUACCCAUGACUGAAUAUCUGUGCGUAGACGAACAGAUGGUUCCUUUCAAAGGAAAUUCGUCUAUGAAACAGUAUAUUCCAAUGAAACCACACAAACGAGGGUACAAAAUUUUUAUUCUAGCUGAUCAUACGGGGAUGGUAUAUGAUUUCAUUCCCUACACUGGUAAGAUACAGCCUGUAAGUAAUGUAAAUGUUCCAGAUUUGAACCCUAGUUCAAAUGCAGUACUACACCUUGCUGAGUGCAUACCACCAUACAAGAACCACAAGCUAUAUUUUGAUAAUUGGUUCACAUCAGUUCCCCUCCUAGAUCAUCUGGCUUCCCGUGGCAUCUGGUGCAGUGGGACUGUCCAGCAUAAACGAUUGCCAAAUUUGACAUUCAAGUCAGAUAAGCAAUUGCAGAGUCAUGGGCGUGGCUCUUAUGAUGAAUGGGAAGCAAAGGAACGAGGCCUUAACGUACUCGUCCGGGGCUUGGGGAUGGUCUUGGGCAGUGCAGCAGCGGUGCCUACCUUCCGGGAUUUUCGUCAGGGGUGUAUCUGGCUGCCCACGCUUGCCCGGAGAGAUGGAGUCCCGCAUGUCUACGUCCACUUCCAUCGCGGGAACUCGUCGUGGCAAUUUCCUUUCGCUUAUGUUACUUGA